CAAUGUGACUGAUGACAAUCCCUGUUUCACAAUGAGGGAGCGCAGAAGAUAAACCCAAAUAUGCCCAUGCAGAGAUGUGAGGAGGGAAGCUCAUGCACACCUCUUCUGAUUCAGCAGAAAGGAUUUAUUCGUCACCUCUCUCCCCUUCACACACUGAGCUUGCUGCAAAACACGCAGGGCAAUCCUACAGCGCGCAUCGACCCGCUGCGUGGAUUAACAGCUCUGUUCCAACUUCUUCUCUCAAUCACUGGGUUCGCGUCGCAGUCCAGCUAAACUGAGAUCUGUUAGCGGAGCGCAGAGGAUGGAUAAACCGCAGAUUGGGGAUGCGCCAGCAGGAAAACUGCGAGACAAACAGGGGAUCUAAAAGAGGAGCUGCGCGUCUGUGAGCCCGCCCUCCAACAGGGAGAUGUUCAUCAUUAUGGGAUAAAUGCACAGGUCGGAUCGUUGCUAUGGAUACGAGCACGCGCAAAUUUACAGUUCGAAGGUGGUUUUCGAUCUACCUGAGGAACAAGGCGACGCGGAACAAGAACAGCUCUGGGUUCUGUCAGUUGGAGGAUGACAGUGUACUUAAGGAGAUUGAUAUCAGCCACCAUGUUAAGGAGGGCUGUGAAAAAGCGGACCCCUCUCAGUUCCAGUUACUGAAGGUCCUGGGACAAGGAUCCUAUGGAAAGGUGUUCCUGGUUAGAAAGAUCAGAGGAGUGGACAGAGGACAGCUCUACGCCAUGAAGGUCCUGAAAAAAGCUACUCUAAAAGUGCGGGACAGAGUGCGAUCAAAGAUGGAAAGAGAUAUUCUGGCAGAGGUUAAUCACCCAUUUAUUGUUAAACUCCACUAUGCUUUUCAGACUGAAGGGAAGCUCUAUUUGAUCCUGGAUUUCCUCAGAGGAGGAGACCUUUUCACUCGUCUGUCAAAGGAGGUAAUGUUUACAGAGGAGGAUGUGAAGUUUUACCUUGCAGAGUUGGCUCUGGCCUUGGAUCAUCUACACAGUCUGGGGAUAAUCUACAGAGACCUUAAACCUGAAAAUAUUCUCCUGGAUGAAGAAGGACACAUAAAGAUCACAGACUUUGGACUGAGUAAAGAAGCCAUUGACCAUGAUAAAAGAGCCUACUCCUUCUGUGGAACCAUUGAAUAUAUGGCUCCUGAGGUUGUAAACAGGAGAGGACACACACAAAGUGCUGACUGGUGGUCCUUUGGGGUCCUGAUGUUUGAAAUGCUGACAGGAUCCCUGCCAUUUCAAGGAAAAGAUCGGAAAGAAACAAUGGCACUUAUUUUAAAGGCAAAGCUUGGAAUGCCACAGUUCCUCAGUCCUGAAGUACAGAGUUUAUUGAGAGCACUCUUCAAGAGGAAUCCUGCCAACCGUCUAGGUGCUGGACCAGAGGGAGUGGAAGAAAUUAAGAAACACCGCUUCUUUGCGUCCAUUGACUGGAAUAAACUGCUCAGGAAAGAGAUGAGGCCUCCUUUCAAACCGACUGUUGGAAGACCUGAAGACACCUUCCAUUUUGACCCUGAGUUCACUUCAAGAACACCAACAGAUUCUCCAGGGAUUCCUCCAAGUGCAAACACACAUCAACUGUUUCGUGGUUUCAGUUUUGUUGCAACUAAUCAAAACCAAGAGGCCCCCGUUGCUGCUGUAGUUCCUUCCCGUCAGGAAGUGAACAUUAACCCAAUAGCUCAGCAUAUCCGGAGCGAUGUGGCAUUCAAAGAUGUGUAUGAGCUAAAGGAAGAAGUCAAACAGACAGGAGCCUUUGUCUGCAAAAGAUGUCUGCACAGAAUUACUGCUGUGGAAUAUUCAGUAAAGAUUAUUGACAGAGCCAAGAAAGAUCCAUCAGAUGAGAUUGAAAUACUAUUACGCUAUGGGCAGCAUCCAAAUAUAAUUACACUGAGAGAUGUCUUUGACGAUGGACAAAGUGUUUUCUUAGUUCUGGAUGUAAUGCGUGGGAAUGAAUUGCUGGACAGAGUUUUGAGGCUGCCAAAUUUUACAGAGAAGGAUGCAUCUGACAUCAUUUGCACGCUAACCAAGACUGUGGAGUAUUUACACUCCCAGGGGGUUGUUCAUCGAGACUUGAAGCCCAGUAACAUCUACUAUUCUGAUGAGGCUGGACUCCCAGAAUCGAUCAGGAUAUGUGACUUUGGUUUCGCCAAACAGCUCCGAGCUGAAAAUGGCCUGUUGAUGACACCAUGUUACACAGCUACAUUUAUGGCUCCUGAGGUUUUAAGGAAACAGGGUUAUGAUGCAGCCUGUGACAUCUGGAGCCUGGGGAUCCUUCUCUACACAAUGAUAGCUGGUUUCAGCCCGUUUGCCAGCAGCCCUAAUGACACAGCAGAGGAGAUCCUGGCCCAGAUUGGUAGUGGGAAAGUUGUGAUCACAGGAGGAAACUGGGACUUAGUGUCUGAAGCUGCCAAGGACAUUGUGAUAAAGAUGCUCCAUGUGGACCCACACCAGCGUCUAACGGCCCCACAGGUUCUUCGACAUCCCUGGAUUGUAGAGAAGGGGCAGCUCUCUGACAGACCUCUUGCCAGGCAGGAUGCCCUCACCGUCAAGGGGGCGCUUUCUGCAACAUAUUCUGCUUUGAAACGCUGUGCCCCUGCUCCAGUUCUGGAACCAGUUCAUUCCUCCAGUCUGGCCCAGCGAAGAGGGAUGAAAAAACUUGGUAGUUCAAGUACCUCUCCUGAACCUAAAGAAAACGAAUGACUUCAAUAUUAGGAUGUUAAAAGGAAGGAGAAACCUAAGUCACAUUAAAGGACCCACACCAAAAAAAAAAGACUCUUCUUAUAUAUUAAAAACUAUAUUCUUACAAGCACAAUUUGAUUAAAGAUUUACUCCUUACUUAGUUUUUGGUGCAAUUUCCAAACUGUAUCAAACUGAGCUAAUGUUACACUGUGAUAACAAUAAUUAUGCAUGUAUUCAUAAGUCUUCAUUGUCCACAAUGAAGUGGCUUUAGUGGCGAGGGUCAAGUUUUUACAUUCAGAUGCCUUCAUAUAUUUCUGAGCUGUGCUGUAGCUAUGUCACAGUUAUUUUUAAAAACAGCCCUUUGGUGUUGUAGGAAACAGCUCAUCUUGUCAUUAACAACAACCCCACUCAUUUCAGUACAGUUUAAACAAAUGCAAACUUGUUCUCUUAUAAAGGACGGAACCUUAUUUGCAACAAACACCGUGCAAUACAUCCAGCUUAACUGGAACUGCCUUGCUAUAAACAAAAUAAAAAAUGAAAACAGAAAUAAGUUAAAUGUACUAUUCAGUGCCACAAGACCAUAUAAUAGACCUUUUUUCACUUUUUUAGCUCAUACUUUCUGGGAACUUUGAUUUCUGCAAAAAUAUGUGUCUAUUCAUAUGUAGAGGAGUAGUGCUGCGAUAGGCACUGACUUUUAUUUUCCUAAUAUAUGAUUCAUAGUUAGGUGUUUGUAUUGUUGUCUACAUCAUUUCAGUAUCUGAAUCUAUUUGAUUUAAGUUUACUGUUGAAUGUAUUGCUGCUGUAUUUUGAUGAGCCAGCAGGAAGUAGGUUUAUAGGUGGGUAGCAUGCAGUAGCUGUAUCAUGCUUUAAAACAAUUCAUUUCAACAAACCCUAAUCACCAAACUUGAGAAUCCAUUAUUGUAUUUGACCUCUGCUGAGACUAUUGAUAAACUUGUUUUUUAAUUACUAUAUCAAAGCCUGAAGAUUUGAGAGCCAUUGUGUUAAAUGUUGGUUUGUGGUGUCCCCUACUGCAGUCCUAGUUACAUCGUGUAAGAUUUAGAAGCAUUAACACAUAGUAGGAUUACAAAAAAUGAUCAUAAAAUGCAGUUGUGAGUAGGACUUAUUUUAUACAAUGGCAGUGUUCUACCCUAUGGCAGGAGAAAUGAAGACUUUAAUGUUCUGUAGUUAACAUAAAUAUUGCCUUUCAGAAGCUUAAACCAAGCAACGUAAUUAUGGUAACAUAAAGGCCCCAUUGCAGAUUGUGUACAUUCUAUAUUUUUUUCAUGCUGUCCCAUGUCUGUUUUAUUGCUUUUCCCAUCCGUAACCAAUGUAGAUGGACCUGAUUCAAUUCUUGCAUGGUAGGUGCUUCAGAUUUAGUGUAAUAUACCCCAUGUUGGAGGUGAAGCUGUAAAAUUUAUGAUGUAUAUAAUAUUAUGCAAAUCCCAUAUGGAAGAGGUAAAAAUCUAUGUGUGUAUAUAUGUCCAGCUUUACAACAAUUAUGGUGCAAAAUAAAUUUAAGUUUGUGUUUGUAUUUAUAAUACAAGUGUAAAUAAACUGAGAUGUUGGACAGGCUGUGUGCACCUGGUCAGACGUUGAAAUACAGGGCAAAGGACCCGAAGUUUUAAAAAUAAAGU